AUGUAUGGACGUGAGCGUCACCCCGGAUUUUCAAAUGGAGCUGUAUUUAUACAGGGGUAUUUAGACGAACUGCGGACUGAACGGCAUCGACUUAAAUUAUGCCUGGAUGAUGGGCCAAAAACACCAUCUUAUUUAAGGCCGCAGUUGUCAUCUGCCCGGAUAGUUCCUGCAGAUCCGUCAUUAACUUCUGAAAAGAUUUGGCCAAGGCCACCUUCCAGAAAGAGAAAGUCUUCACGAAGGGAGAUGGUUAUUACUAUUGACAAGACAAAAGAGCAAAUUGAGAGAGAAAGGAGGAUUCACAAACUGAAUGUUGACGACAUGUCUGACAAGCUCCAAGUCACUAUACAACUAAUAAAUGGAGUAACCCGGAUGGAAAAUAAAGAUCUGAACACAACGAAACGUCUUGAUCAAACAUACGUGAGAGAACUGAUGAGAGACGAUCCGUUUGAAAAGAAAUUAAGCUGUAGUGAACAAUCAAAAAAUAACCAGAAAGAACAUUUUCCAUCACUUGUGAAUUGUGACUCAUCAGCUGAUUUCACCAAAACCUCAGUCAGCACAAAUAAAAUACAAGGUUUCAGAAAUGGAUUAGGCCAACCAUCUGAAUCUGUGAUGUCAUUUGACCUGGAUUCAUGGGCAGCUAAACCAAAAAAGAAGGAAAUGUUUUUGGAAGACGAUGACCCUCCACCUUGGUUCUUUUGCCUAAAAGAAAAGUAUCUCAAGACCGUGAAAAAACCAUCAACUUUAAAUGAUAGAAGAGCCGUGUUUGAUGAACAAAAAUCUAAUUUUGCAAAGCUGCAAAGGCGAUUGGCAAAGAGAACGCAAAUGAAAAUCCUCGACAAAAAGUCCACGCAGUCAACUAGAAAGGACCAGUUCCGUGAGGUUUUGAAUGAAAGAACUGGCGAUAGGUUACAGUCAAUACUGACAGAAAUGCGAAAAAUAGGCAAAUCACUGGAGGCUCCAGAGUAUCCAACUGAGUGGUAUGACGAUCUAGAGGACGAAUGUGAGGAGAAAUUUGGGAAAACAGGAAUCCCUGAAAACAUUGCCCAACUUAUGAAGACACUGUCCUCCUUUCGUAAACUGGACUUCUUCACCAUACCAUUUAUCAAGGGAAAACUGUGUCUGCUGACUGUGUCUCUCCCAGUCUUUACCCUUUACAAACCAGCAGCACAGAAGGCACUUGAAUUUAUUCUUGGCAACAUACUUCAACAACCCGUCGGCGACAUUAGAUGCUGGUAUGCAUACAGAAAAAUUCCAUCAGUUGCGUUAUCAUAA